UGUGUCUUCUCAAGCCCUAAAUCUCAGAUAAAAAAAAAAGCUUAUCAAAUGAUCAAAAGAAGUAUGAGUGUUGGCGCUUCCGUAUCGUCAAUCGCAACCACACGAAUUCCUAAUUGCCACCGUUGGAAAACCCUAAUUUCGCUGCCUUCUUCUUUAUCCUUCUGCAAUUGGAGAACGUCUCGGAUUUCAUCCUUGGCUUCGGCGCCAUCAGCGUCAAUGUCCACCAAAAGCACUGCUUCGGAGACCCAAGGGGUGGCCGUGGAGGCCCAGAAGUCCAAGAAGCCAUGGCUCAUCGUCGGCCUUGGUAACCCUGGCAAGAAGUACCAAUCCACGCGCCACAAUGUGGGCUUUGAGAUGGUGGAUGCUAUAGCCGAAGCUGAAGGGAUAUCCAUAAGCAGUGUUUCAUUCAAAGCUCUAUUGGGAAAAGGUUUUAUUGGAGAUAUUCCAGUUAUGCUUGCCAAACCCCAAACUUUCAUGAAUGCAAGUGGUGAGUCUGUUGGGGCCAUUGUUUCGUAUUACAAGAUUCCGUUGAAGCAAGUAAUUGUGAUUUUUGACGACUUAGAUUUGCCGUUUGCAAAGUUGCGGCUUUUGCCAAAAGGUGGACACGGAGGACAUAACGGGAUGAGGAAUAUCAUUGAUCACUUCAAAGGGAACCGUGAUUUUUCUCGUUUAAGGAUUGGCAUUGGACGGCCUCCUGGGAAAAUGGAUCCUAUCAACUUUGUUCUUCGCCCCUUCACCAAACAAGAACGUCAAGAGUUAGACUUUACGUUUCAACAUGGCCUGGAAGCAGUGCGGAUUCUUUUGCUUGAGGGGUUUAAUAAAAGUGCCACAUUUGUUAACAGUGCCAAACCCUUGGAACAACUUGGUUAAUUUUUGGCAUAAAAUCUAUGAUUUUUUUUUUUUUUUGGGUGAUCAAGGACUGGCAUAUAUUUUUCUAAUAACUGGCAUAUAUUAUU